AUGUACAAUAAUUAUAACAAUGGAAAUAAUGAUUCAUAUAACUACAAUGGAAAUAAUGAUUCAUAUAACUACAAUGGAAAUAAUGAUCCAUAUAACUACAGUUGGAAUAAUGAUGCAUACAACUACUGUACGAAUCAUAAUGUAUGGAACUACAAUGGAUUUUAUGAUGCAUUUGAUUUCUGUCAACCCAUUCGAAACGAACUCCAAGCCCAACGAGAUGCGAUCUUAGAUUAUGAUUUUAUUUACAAUUCAUCUGGGGUUGAACCAAUUCCAUAUCAAUACCCAGAUGAACCCACACCAAAACGCACACGUAUGUAUAAUUGUUUUAAAGAUCGUUCAACUUUUGGCGAAGCAUUCGCCGACUGCAAACCACUUCAUAAAGAUCCAAAAUGGGAUGAACCUCCAAGCAGGAGUAGCUACAUUGGCUUUACAGAAGAGGAGAUUGACGAAGCUAUAAAAAACUAUGAAAGAGCUUGUAAUUCUAAUACUGUUCAGCUUUCAAAAGGAGUCGGGACCAGAUUAUAUAUUGCUCCAGAAGUCACAAAAUCUUCAGAAUACGAUAAUAAGGGAGAGACUGAGAAUUUAAAAAGAAGGAUUGAAGAAUUAGAAAUUUUGCUAGCAGAAUCAAAAGCACGUGUUGUUAUCCAAGAUGAAAUUAUAGCUGACCUAAAGAGCAAAAUAGUCUCUUCUGAUUGA